AUAGUAACCGAAAUGGAGACUCACCGUUUCACUCAUACGUCCUUUUAGAGUUUCUCUCUAUGCUGUAAUCACUAAUCAGUAACCUGUAAUUCUCCAGGACCAUCAGUCGGCUAAGCCUCAAAUCUUAGGGGCAAAUCCGUCAAAAUUCUCAAUUCAUAAUUUCAUAUAUAUAUAUAUAUAGCCAUCCACUUUGUCAGGUCCUGCCCAUGCUUCACACUUCACCUCAGCUUAGCAAAAACUCUCUAGUCAACUAUAUUUCAGCAUCCACUGUGAGAGAGAGAAACUCUCAUACACAGAGAAACUACACAAGAACCAUGACCGCUUUCUUGUAUGUUGUAUUGACAGCGUUGUUAGCCACCGCUUCCACUGUUAAUAGCUGCCCACCGUCGGACCGCGCCGCCCUGCUGGCCUUCAAAGCAGCUCUCCACGAGCCUUACUUGGGCAUCUUCAAUUCUUGGACCGGUACUAACUGCUGUCGAAGGUGGUAUGGCGUCAGCUGCGACCAAGAGACCCAUCGGGUCGCAGAUAUAAACCUGCGAGGUGAGUCCGAAGAUCCCAUCUUUCGAAAAGCUGGUAGGUCAGGUUAUAUGACUGGUACAAUCUCUCCUUCCAUCUGCAAAUUAGAGCGCCUCUCGAGUCUUACAAUUGCAGAUUGGAAAGGGAUCUCUGGGGAGAUCCCGCGGUGCAUAACUUCACUUCCCUUUCUACGGAUUCUUGAUUUGAUCGGGAAUCGGCUCUCAGGCGAUCUUCCUGCCGAUAUAGGGAGAUUACAGAGAUUAACCGUGUUGAAUGUCGCCGAUAAUCUUAUAUCAGGUGAGAUCCCGCGUUCUUUGACGAAUCUCUCCAGCCUGAUGCACCUGGAUUUGCGCAGCAACCGAAUCUCAGGUCCACUUCCUCAAGACUUCGGGCGUCUCAGGAUGUUGAGCCGCGCUUUGCUCAGCCGCAAUUAUAUUAGCGGGUCAAUACCGAGUUCUAUUUCGAAUAUUUACCGUCUCGCCGAUUUGGAUCUUUCAUUAAACAGACUAUCAGGUGCUAUACCUCCUUCUCUUGGUAGAAUGGCAGUAUUAGCGACACUGAAUCUGGACGCCAACAAGCUCUCAGGAGUUAUACCAGCGAGUUUGUUCAAUUCAGGUAUUGGCGAUUUAAAUCUGAGCAAGAACGCAUUCGGAGGAUAUUUACCAGACGUUUUCAGCGUGAGUUCGUACUUUACGGUUCUUGAUUUAUCGUACAAUAAUUUUCGAGGGCCCAUACCGAAAUCUUUAUCAGCGGCGUCGUAUAUCGGGCACUUGGAUUUGAGCCACAACCACCUGUGUGGAAAAAUUCCUGUAGGCGCUCCUUUCGAUCAUCUUGAAGCGUCGUCGUUUGCUUACAAUGACUGCCUUUGCGGAAAACCGCUUAGAGCUUGCUAGAUAAUGCACAUCGGCCGUGGCCAAUCCGGGAUUUGGUAAUGUGUAAUUUUACUUACUAAAUGUGUGGUUUAGUUACGUGGGUAUGAAAAUCAAAGGUUUCAUGCAUGCAAUUUUGCAUGAUUUCAAUAUUAGCUAGUAAUUUGGUGCACCAAUAAUUUUAAAAAGCAAAAAACAUUAUUUA